CCCUAGCCUUCUAUUAACUACAAUAGACUCCCUCUCCGGUUCUUCCCACGCCGCGCUUCCUAGAGCUCGCCGGCGACGAGUCAGCCUCCCCAGUCACACCAGUCAGCCUCCGUCCGUCGCAUCAGUCAGCCAUCGCAGACGCAGACUCGCCGGCAGAGCUCAUCGCAAACGGCAGCGGCAGUCAUCGAGCUUCUCCGGCCUCCAGCAAACACCCACAAACGACCCUCCUCUGCCGAGUGCCUAAGCUCCUCCACCAAUGACGCGUCUUAGGCAACAGGCUUAAACCUUAAAGAAGUUGCAACAAAAUGACACCGCGGUCUAGAGAAAGACUGUAAGAGAAUUUGGCUAGUUCGGCUCUUGGUCUACUAGAAGCUUCUUCUUCCUUGGGUCUUACAUCCCAAACCAUCGCCUAUUAACGAUUCGCCAAGGGAUUAUUUCGGCAUCCCAUUGAGUUCUCGAGGUUCAUCACCAAAAUGCCUCGGUACUAUUGUGACUACUGCGAUACUUACUUGACUCAUGAUUCCCCUUCAGUCAGAAAACAGCAUAAUGCUGGCUACAAACACAAGGCAAAUGUACGGUCUUAUUAUCAAAAGUUUGAAGAACAGCAAACACAGGCUUUGAUAGAUCAAAGGAUUAAAGAGCGUCUUGGGCAGGCAGCAGCAUACCAACAAAUUGGUGUCGCAUAUAAUCAGCAUCUUGCUGCUUUCCCUGGACAACCACCACGUAUGCCUAUCUUGCCACCUCCUUUGCUGCCUAUUCCUGGAGCUCCGCCUCCACAGUUAGUCCCAGGAGUAAGGCUUCCCGUAUUUCCUAGACCUCUUCCUGGUGCUCCAGCUUAUUCAGUGCCUCCGAUUGCACCAGUUCCAGGACAACCCCCAGGUGCACCUCCUUUGCCCAUGCAACCAGGUAUGCCAAAUCCAAAUUCUGCUCCACCAGUUCCUGGCGGAGCAACUCCAACUAGUUCAAGCAGUGCUCCCACUGCUGCUAUGCAAGCAAUGUACCAGCCCAAUCCUGCUGCAAGUGCUGCCCCAGCUACUAACACCCCGGGUGGUAGCUACGCCUUUGCACCACCCCCUGCCCCUGCUCCUGCUCCUGCUCCUGCUUCAGCUCCUGAGACUAGUCAGUAGUCACUAACAUCUUCUCAACUGUAUCUGUUUGAGUAGCAUUUCAUUUUGAAAUGAGAACUUGUGAAACCAAGAUUGUGUGUUGCUAAAUUGCGGAAAUUGCUUUUCUUUCAUACUAGUGAUCAGAUAACGUCCAGUUCACACUUUGCAACCCUUGUUUCUUUUGGAUUUAUAUCUCAUCAUUUAUUAAUGUUAGCAAUGAUAAUUGACUUAUAUUUUGGAUA